GUUGCAACUGUGUCAGAUGUUUGUGGGCAGCUUGGCACGAUCCAGAGUCAUGAAGAUCCACAACACCGAGCAUGAGAAGGAGACAAUGGUAAAACUACUUGCAAUGUUCAAGCGAUUGGUUAUGAAGCGGCUCCUUAGGCUCACGUGUCUUGCCUGACCUGCCGCUUUAGGCUGCAAAAUUAUUGCUCUACUUUCUGGAGAGCAUUGAACGAAGCAGUCUUAUCUAUUAAUUUGCACGAUCGAUAUCAUGUUUCGGUCACCGCUCAAGUCAGUCGUGUUGGCCAUUGCAGUUAUCUGGGUGCUAAUUUUCCUCUUCUUUUUCCACCCAACCUUAAAACUGCACUUUAAUAACUCGGAAAGACUGACCGAGUCUUACGACUUUCAAGAAACUGUUGAAGAAGCGCAAUGUUUCAACAACAUCGACGUAUUGAAAAGCCCGAUUCCCAAAGUCGUGCACUUCCUCUGGGGAUUUGGGAAUCAUCCUGAAAUGACGUUUAUGAAUUACCUUGCAAUCCGAUCCGCCCUAAUCUCUCUUAAACCAGAUACGCUGAAGCUUCAUUACGAAGAGCUCAAUAGGGAUAAUAUUUGGUUUCAGAGACUGCAAGCUAGCAUCACAUUAGUCCAGCACGACAUGGCAGUUGAAUAUCCCAAACAAACUCAAGAGCACUGGCAGGUGAGCCACAUGACCGAUGCUCUCCGUCUCGACAUCCUUCACCGUGAAGGCGGCAUCUACCUAGAUGCGGACGUUAUCGCUCUUCAAACCUUCGAUACCCUACUGAAUAGCCAACGAAACGUCAUUUUGGGUCAUGAGGGUGGUGACCGUCACGGCCUCUGUAACGCCAUCAUCCUCGCGCGUGCAAAUGCAGAAUUCCUAGGCCAGUGGAUUGACAGGUACAGUGAUUUUGUCCCAUCAGAAUGGAACUAUCACUCCGUGCUACUACCAAAAGAGAUGUCUUUAGACCGACCUAGUGAAAUUUGCACGCUCGCUCCAACCGUCUUCUUCUGGCCUACGUGGACCCAUAGGCAUAUCCGCUAUAUGCAUGAUGAUCUUAGCGAGGAAGAGGUUUUGGAGGUGGAGAACCUGCUGGAAGCCUAUGGCGGCGCAUUGUAUUCUAACCAACUGGCGUACCACGCUUGGAGCCAAGUAGCGAGGGAAGAGUAUCUGGACAGCCUAACACCGGAGCUUGUGAGGGAGAAGGAUACUCGAUUCAAUCUGAUGGUUCGACGAUUUCUUUAGACACAAACUUGUGAAUAGAUCCCAACUUCAAUUAGAAGAAGGAAAAAAAUAUAAAAAUACAAACAUGCAAACAGCUAGGAUUAGCUAGUGGUCAUCCACCCAACUACUAACCAGCCGGCGUGUAGCUAGCUGAUCAGCAGUCAAUAUCUAGGUGGAUAUCAUUCAGAUAAGGAUCGGAAAAUCG